GGAAACGUCAUCAGAACGCACCGGAAGCGGCAGGUGGAUGAAGAGUGUGAUCUACCAUGCCUUUUCUCAGAAAGAGGCCAAAGAGCUCGACGUUCAGCUUCCGGGAGCCCAGCAAGCCGAGGCCUUCGUGAGGGCCUUCCUGAAGCGCAGCACGCCCCGCAUGAGCCAGCAAGCCCGCGAGGACCAGCUGCAACGCAAGGCUGUGGUCCUGGAGUACGCCACUCGCCGGAAGCGCAAGGAGAAGAGAAAGAAAUCCAAGGGCCUCUCUGCCAGGCAGUGGAGGGAGCUGCACCUCUUUGACAUUAAGCCAGAGCGGCAGGGGUAUGCCAGGGCUUUCCUGCCUUUCUCCCUGAGGCAGCUUCCUCCUCCUGGAGUGGGUGUGGCUUUGGGAGACCCAGUUCCCCUGAAGCUAAGGGAGCUUCUCCCACUGCCGCCACGAGGGGGCAGCCUCCCUUUCCCAACUCAGGCUGGGUUUGCACUUGGCUUUCACAGCAAGGCACAGCCAGGGUCUUGCUGUUUGACUGUCUGGCUCCUGUCCUAGCCUUAACUAAUG